AUGACUGAAGUACCUCCAAAGCCCAGAAGAACUAAAGCCAACGAUAAAAUUAAUGUUCCAGUACAUCGUGCCCAAGAACAUGGUAAUAAUAGACUAAGAACUUUUUCUGGUAAUUUCAAUUCAGCAAAAUAUUGUAAAGAAGAAAAGCCUCCAAAAGUAAAUCCAGGUAUAAAUUCCAAAAUAUCAAAACGACAUUUAGCUAAAGACAAUCAACGGCUUACCGAAGAAAACAGCGAAUUAAUUCAAAGAUUUAAUGAACUCGAAGAAUUAUCUGUUAGAAAAAUAACGAAACUUAGAGAGAAGGUAAAUAUAUUACAACUAGCGAAUGCUCAUUUUAAAAAAGACCUACAAGAAAUAGAAGAUAGUUACAAUCAAGUUGUAUCUCAAAAUGAAAUGCUGAAAAAUGAAAUAGAAAAAUUAAAAACAUGUGAAAAAUGUGAGGAAUAUAGGAAUGAAAUUAUUAAAUGUAAUCGUGAGAAUGAGGAAAGUCAAUAUGAUAAAGAAAUUUUGGAAAAUAAGAAAAAGGAAUUGUGCGAAGAUGUAAAUAUGCUUAAAAUUGUUGUAUAUAGGUUAAACUUGCAGUUAGAAAGAUAUCAAGAUCUUUUACGUAAAAAUCAUAUACCAAAACCUUCAAAUGAGCUUCCUCACAAGAGAGACAUUCUAGAAUCUUCCAGUAGAGAUAUUCUAUCAGAAGUUCACAGGGACCACAAGCAUAUUCCAAUCAUGUGGGGUGAUGUUAAUAGACAUACUUUAGGACCGUUAUUAGACGCGUACGAAGACACAAUUAAAGAAAAAGAUGAGAUCAUUGAAGAAUAUGAAAUAGAAAUGUGCAAGUUCACAGGUAAAUUGCGUGAAAUUGUUGACGAAAAUGAAACUUUGUAUAAAAAACUAACUGAGGAUGAGACCUGUAGUAGUAAAUUAAGCGUAGAACUAGAAAAUGCGAAAAGGGAUUUAAAAAAUACGAAGGAGCAAAAUGAUGCUUUAAUUAAAAAAUGCUCUUUGAAACAGGACAAAUUAGAGGAAGUUUUGAGAAUAUACGAAACUAAAGUUGAACAAAUGACCCGCGAUUUUGAUGUCUUACAUGGUGAAUAUAUUAAGUGCAGAACUGAAAAUGCAGCUUUAAAAGAAAAAUACAAAUCCUGUACUGAAGCCCAAGAAGAUCUCAAAAAUAAUAUGCAAAAUUUCAUUCCAAUAUCUGUACAUAGCGCCAGUGUCACUGAAUGUAAAAAGUGGUAUGAGGAACUAAAAGUGCAGUACGAAGCCGAAAAAGAAAAAUUGAUGAAAACCAUUGAAACGCAUGUUAAAACUAUUGAAGAAUUGAAUAGAGAAAUUUCAAACAAUGCAACCAUUAAACAAAAAUUCGAAAAUAAUAUCAGCCAUUUAGAAAAGCAUACAAAAAAAUUAGAAGCAAAAAUACUCGAAUUGGAACAUAACCUUAACGGUGUUCACCUAUCAAGAACUGCUUUGAAAAAGCAGCUACACAAAGCGAUGGAGUUUGCUAAAGAUAUGGUGGCUGAACAAGAACAACUUUUGAAAGCUUUAAAUAUGAGACAUCAAGAAAAUAAAGUUGUUAGGAAGAUUGGAUCUGAAAUGGCCUCUAAAAUGGAUUUACUUAAAAGUCAGUUGAAGGAUGUGCAGAAAAAUGCUUGGCAGGAGUUUGCAACAGUUGAACAAACAAUCAAAGGACAAGCAGAAACUAUCGAAAAUAUGAGGAGCCAAUACGAGAAGGAAAUUGAAGAUUUGAAAAAGAUCAUUGAAACUUAUGAAGAAACAAAAGAAAGUAAUAUUUUAUUAAAACCUGAAAAUUUACAAAUGGCUCAUUAUUUCUUAUUAAAAAAUAAGUACAAAUAA